AUGCCAACUGUCAAUGUCAAAAUAGAAAAUUGCCGUUUUGUAUCAAAACAUAGAAUUUUUGUUUUAUUUCACAAUGGAUAUGCGUUUAUUUGAAAUGAAAUUGGCUAAUCAUAAAAUGUUUAAAGAAAUAAAAGAUGGAUUAUCCGAAAAUCCUAGUGGAAAGUUGCGCAAUUUGUUAGAUAUGAGAGACGAUGUCGCGUAUGUUUGGAACGCUACAGAAAACUGUUUGAUGAGCCUAAAUUUAAAGCAGUUGGAAGAACAUGGAGAGGAGACUAUGUGCCAGAAACUGCAUUUCUUAACACCGCCGUCGUUCAGCGUGGAGCGCGUGAUGAGCAGCCCGUGCGGUAGCCGCGUGUGCCUGUGGGGCUCCCGUGGUGUCACCAUCGCUGAGCUGCCGUCGCGCUGGGGCCGCGGCGGGCUCUUCGACUCUGGAAACCAGACCGUGCUGUGCAAGAGCGUGUCACUCGACGAGAGGUUCCUCUACACAUUGGGAGAUGUCCGUCGCGUGCACUGGCAUCCGAAUUCACUGUCACACGUCCUCGUGCUGGUCUCUGAUAAUACUAUCAGACUGUAUAACAUAGCUCUCCGUUCGGGCCCGAAGCUCGUCAAGGUGUACACGAUCGGCCCGAAGCCGUCCAGCCUGCUCGCCGGGAAGACGAUCCUGGACAGCCUCGGAGACACUGCGGUGGACUUCACCCCCACACCGGAUGGGGACCAGCUGCUCAUCCUGAGGGGAGAUGGCGAGGUUUACAUGCUGUCGUGUGAUUUGGAGAGUAAAAGCCCGCCCCACCCGAAGCUGACCGGGCCGAUCGCGAUCUACCCCCCAGCGGACGACAACUACGGCUCGGAGUCGUGCUCGAUCCUCGCGCUGGGCGGGGGGGACGUGCCGCCCAUGGUCAUCAUAGCCACCUGCACCGCGUCCAUAUACCACUGUUUGCUGCUGCCGAAUAGUAACGAAUCAGAAGCGGCAAACGGCGACAGCCACGCCCUGUACGUGGUGGAGACCGUCGAACUGAACAUCGUACUGAACUCGGAGGACGACGCGCUACAAUACUCUUAUCCAGUGCAGCUGAUCCAGUGCGCGGGCGGCGCGUACGCGGCGCUGCACGCGGGCGGCGCGCACGCCGUGUCGCUGCCGGCGCUGGCCAGCCUCGCGCACUACGCGCGCGGGGACGAGGACGCAGAGAGCUUGCUGGCGAGCCUGUGCUCGCGGCCGAGCGUGUCGCGGUACGUCGUGCACACGGGCGGCGCGCGGGCGCCGUGCGCGCCGGCGGGCGCGGUGGUGACGGCCCCUCCACUCCCCACGCUGCUGGUGCUGUGCGCUGACGGCGCGCUCAUCGCCAGAUCUCUAGAACCGUACGAUUUAGAAGAACAGCUGUACAAAGAAAUUCAACUGAAAAAUCCCGCGCUUGAACAAGACGACCUGCGCAAUAUGAUGAAAGAGCGCCAGAAGCUGACGUUCUCGUCGAUCAUCCAAGACAUCCUCACGCGGGAGGUGUCGCAGCCGAUCCUGCACACGGACCGGCGACACGAGCCCAGCCCCAAGGAGUGUCUCGAAACGCUGAGCUCUGCGUGCGUGCGGCUGCGCGGCGAGUACGUGCGCAGACUCGCGCGCGCCGCGGCCGCGCUCGCCGACAAGCUGCGCGCCGUGCACACGCUCGCCGAGCGGCAGCGGGGGUGGCUGCACGCGCUGCAGAAAGAAAUAGACGACGUACAACUACAAUCGGUUGUUUUGGAAGAGAAGCGUUUGCUCGCGGAGAAACACCAGGAUGAUAUUAAAUAUAGGUGUUCCGCAGUGGUCCGCGGCCUGCGCGCGAGCUGCCGCGCCUCGCCCGCCGAGCGGGAACUCCUCGCCGAGCUGCACACCUACAAGCGGUGCCGCGAACGGUUCGCCGAUCAGAUACAGCAACUCAAACAGCACUCCAAACGGAACGCUGAAGAGAUCAAUAAAUGGCAAGAAGAAUACAAGAAGAAAGACGCAGCUUUGGGCAAAACGCAUAGCGACUCGAUCCAAUCUAUUCUACAACAGCAGUAAGUAAUUUUGUACAAAU